AUGGCACAGCUAAGAAGCCGAGCGCCUCUGACCUGCUCACUGCUUUUCUCUUGCAGGCGGAAGAGCCUGUGCUUCCGACUGAGGAAGAUACUCCUGUGUGUUGUGGGGUUGUACCUGACCAUUCCAGUUCUCGUCAAACUGUGUCCUGGGAUACAGGCCAAGCUGAUUUUCCUGAACUUCGUGCGGGUUCCCUAUUUCAUCGACUUGAAAAAGCCGCAGGAUCAAGGUUUGAAUCACACCUGUAAUUACUACCUCCAGCCAGAGGAAGACGUGACCAUUGGCGUCUGGCACACCGUCCCCACGCUCUGGUGGAAAAAUGCCCAAGGGAAGGACCAGCUGUGGUACGAGGAAGCCUUGGCCUCCAGCCACCCCAUCAUCCUGUACCUGCACGGGAACGCGGGCACCAGGGGAGGCGACCACCGCGUGGAGCUGUACAAGGUGCUGAGUUCCCUCGGUUACCACGUGGUCACUUUUGACUACAGAGGUUGGGGCGACUCGGUCGGAACGCCGUCGGAGCGGGGCAUGACGUACGACGCACUCCAUGUUUUUGACUGGAUCAAAGCGCGGAGUGGAGACAGCCCCGUGUACGUCUGGGGCCAUUCCCUCGGCACUGGAGUGGCAACAAACCUGGUGCGGCGCCUCUGUGAGCGAGAGACACCUCCAGAUGCCCUCAUACUGGAGUCUCCGUUCACUAAUAUCCGCGAGGAAGCGAAGAGCCAUCCGUUCUCAGUGAUAUACCGACACUUCCCUGGGUUUGACUGGUUCUUCCUUGACCCCAUCACAAGCAGCGGGAUUCAAUUUGCGAAUGAUGAGAACGUGAAGCACAUCUCCUGCUCCCUGCUCAUCCUGCACGCGGAGGACGACCCCGUGGUGCCCUUCCAGCUCGGCAGGAAGCUCUACAGCAUCGCUGCCCCGUCCCGCAGCUUCCGGGACUUCAAGGUUCAGUUCAUCCCCUUCCACGCGGACCUCGGCUAUAGGCACAAGUACAUCUACAAGAGCCCCGAGCUGCCCCGGAUCCUGAGGGAAUUCCUGGGCAAGCCGGACGCCGGGCGCCAGCACUGAGUCUCGCUGCCUGAAGAGCAUGAAGACCUCUGCCCUUGUCCCCUCCCUCUGGCCAGCCUGGCGCCCAGAGAGGCACCUGGACAGAGGACGUGGUCUCCAGCGGGUGGGCAGUGGGGCCCUGGCAGACCUCAGGCGCCUGCCCCGGGGGCUGGAGCACUGAUCUCUGUGGACAGUGCGGGUGGUGGGCGGGUGGCCCUCUCUCCCUCUUGCUGCCACUCACCCUGAGGUCUUGUUGGAAAGACAGUGACAGGACAUUCCGGCCGUUGGCUGGUUGAUCUCCGCUUCCUGAGCUGGGCAUUGGAGCCUGGGGAAGGAGGCGUGGGGUCUCGGGACCAUGCCGUGCUCUCUGGCACCACCCUCGAGAAUGUGGGGAACCUGGCUGGGUUCCUUCUGCCUCUUCCUAGCACAUGUGGAAUGGACUCCAGUGGUUCCUCACCCCCUCCUGCCCUGUGCACCCGCUUGCCUUCCUCGGUGUCCCUGCCUCCCUGGGUGGCCCCACUGCUCCCAGGGGGGAGGUGCCUGGGAUCUGCCUUCCUCCAAUUUCCACCCACCUGUCCGCCUAACCUGGCCUUAGACUGAGCAUUUAUUUAAGAAUAAAAUCAUCAUGGUGGUCUG